UUACAGUACUGGGGAUUGAACCCAAGACCAUCACAUUGAGACAGUAUGAAACUUUUUUUUUUGAGACAGUAUGAAACCAUUCUUGCAGUUCAUAGCCUGGAAGGUGCUUUUCCUCUUACCAGAUUGUUUAAAAUAAUAGCUUUAUAUUCUCUCAAGAUAUAUAUAUAUAUUUCCGUAAAAUUUAUGAUUUUUAAAAUGUGCAAUUCAGUAGUCUUAGGAUUCAGAGAAUUGUACAGCUGUCACCUUCACUGCAAUCUAAUUUUAGAAUAUUCAGCCCCCAAAUAAACAAUCUAUUACCAGUCACUCCCCAUGUUCCCCUUCCCACAGCCCCCAGCUCUGCAAAUUUGCCUGUUCUAGAUGUUUCAUGCUAGCAAUCUCACCGGUGGUCUUUUUUGUACCUGGAAUCUUCACUCAGCAUACUACUUGGGAGGCUCCUUCACUGGAGAAUGUAUCAGCACUUACACCUUUUUCAUGGCCAAGUAAUGUUCUAUGGUGUGGGUAGACCAGGUUCUGUUGAUCAGCCGCCUGUGGGUGGACAUUUGGGUGGAGUCCACUUCUUGGCAGUUACAUGGCUGAAUAACACCAAGUGUAAGCAUUCGUGCACAAACUUUUCCAUGAACUAUGCUAAGGAGUGGAAGUGCAGGGUCCUAUGGUAGUUCAGUGUAUUGCAUUUUGAGCACUUGCCUGACUGCUCUCCACUGCUGUCUGAUUCAAGGGUGAAAGAACUGGGCUCAGCUCACAGUGUGCAAAGUUGCAGAGUGAAAGGACGCUCCUCUCACAUGCACUUGGGUUGGAGCACCAUUAUCCCUCGGUAUCCUCGGGGGACUUGGUUCCAGGACCCACCCCUGGUCCCCAGGUGUGAGGGUGUUCUCGUCCCUGUGUAAAAGGCACAGCAUUUGCACACAACCUCGUCUUCCUGCAUGCUUGACAUCAUCUCAGAUCCCUUCUACCUAUGAUGUGAGCACUCUUCAAAUGUGUUCCACAUUCCUAAAGUUUAGGGAAUAAGGAAAAGGGGGAAAUGUACCUAUUUCACAUAUAAGUGAUUUUCCCCCGUGUUGUCUACCCGCUGUUGGUUGGAUCCAUGGAUACAGAGCCUGCAUAUAUAAGGGGCCAACUGUAUAUAUUUUGUUGGUUCUCUUUUCUGAAGAGAAGAACCCUGACAGAUGAACGAAAUGGGUAGUAUUUACCAAGAAAGGGUUUGAGUAUAGAAAUGGAGAAUAUUUAAGAUACCCUAGAGAGUGCCAGUACACAGUUCAGCGACAUCCAGUUAUGAAUACAGUAGCACCUCAGUUCUCGAAUUUAAUUCUCUCUGCAGUUCUGGUUGCAGACUAAAUUGGGUGAAAACCAAAUUUCCCCAUAAGGUCAACGUUGAACCUAACCAUUGAAUUUGAUUCAGUUCUUGUCCAAUUCAGUUCGCGACCAGAAUCGUGGAGAGAAUUAAGUUCAUGAACCAAAGUACUACUGUAAUUGACAUCGCUAACUUCCAGUCGGUGAUGGUGGGACCCAGCUGAUUGGUAGAUGUGGAGGUGUUGUCAUGGCAGCCAUCCCCAAACCUGGCUGCCUGUUAGAAUCAUCUGGGUCCCUUGGCCUCACCUUUAGGAUUUUAGAUUUAGGAAGUUGGUGUCAUAGCUUGGGUCUUGUCUUUCGCAUAGUCUGACAGCAGUCGGAAAGGGGGAGCCCUAAACAAAGCCAGGCAAAUUAAAAUUCAACUUUGUGUUUUCAUCUGUUGAGAAAAUGUAAUUGGAGCUAAAGUUGGCCGUCAAACUUUUUUUCCUUUUUAAAAAAUUCCAAAUGCAAUAUGUGCCAGUUAGUAUUAAGUGGAAGUGAAGGUGGCGCCACCUUGAGGACCUUAGGUAGAAACUCAACUGUCCUCCAUGUUGCUGCCCAAACACAGUUCGGUGGCUCUGUCCCUGCCCAGCAGCUCUGUGUUGGUUUUUGAGGGUGAUUUUGCCAUCGGUUCAUCAGUUUCUUGGUCUGUGUCCUCAUUUAGUUCCUCAGCAGUUUCUUGGAGUUAUAUAAGGGUAUCAUCACACACUAAGGGCUUUAAUUUUUUUUUUUUUUUUUUUUUGGAGGCACGGUCUCACAAUGUAGCCCAGGCUGGCCUUGAACUUGCAGUGAUCCUCCUGCCUCGGCCUCCUGAGUUCUGGGAUAACAGGAGGGUGUCACCACACCCGGCAUCAUUUUUUUUUCUUUUGUCUUUUUUGGUACUGGGGGUCAAACUCGGGACGUUGCACUUGCUAGGCAAGUGGCGGAACCACUGAGCUAAGUCCCCGGCUUCAUUUCUUUUUAAUGGUCAUGAAACCUUUAAAGCUGUUCACCUCCUGCCUCGGCUUGGUUGAGUUCUGACAGUUUCCGGCCGGUGUGGAGAGCUGAGGGCACCCAGGUGAUGAGUCCUGUCCAUCCCUCAGCAUCCCUGGAGCUGCAGUCCUCAAGUCCCACCCGAGCGCCCCAUUUAUAUCAGGCCCACUCCUGGGCCGAGGGAGCAGCCCAUCCUGGCUCCCAGCUCCCGCCAGCACAUCUGGUGCAGUGGCAGCUGAAUCCCUCACACCAAAGACUCUCUUCUUACCCUCACCUGCUGUGGCGUCUUCCCAAGCUCUGGGUCUCUGUUGUGUCCAGGCCACUGGGUUUAACUCCCUUUUUGCUGUCAGGGAGUAUGAGAUAGAGUCCAUUUUGAUUCUUAUUUUGCUGCUGAGGAAACUGAAGCACAGAGAGAUUCUAUAACAUUUGCCCAGAAUUACCCAGGAAGUGGUUGAGGCAUUCUAGUGUUGGUUUGCAUGCUGCCAAAGCCAGCUGCUCACAGCAGCGAGUGUGGGUGAUACGCAUGGGGUCCUUAAAUGAUGACAGCCCCAUCAGUUAUUCCUUAUCGAUGACUUUAAAAGGCUGGAGCAGAGGCUGGAGGCAGCUCAGUAAUACAGCACCUGCCUCACAUGUGCAAGGCCCUGGGUUUGAUCCUGGCAGCUGAUGAACCCAGUAUUUCUGAUGUAUUUGAGGCCUUUCUGGAACACAGUGUGCUCAUUAGAUUUAACCUGUUAACUUGGCUUCAUCUUAUGUCCUGUGAAUACCAGGAGCCCUGAAAGUCCUCAGGAAACAUGGCUGGCUGAGGGAAGCCAGGAACAAAGUCCCGGCAGGCAGGGAUCCAGCAGUGCUUGCUCCCAGGAGACGUCACGCUGCGGUCACUUGGCCUUACUGUCCCCUUUCGGUGGAAAUACCAAGACUGCCUCCCUGGGGCCUCAGGGCCGAGACGUUCUUGGUGACUGUGGCUGGCACUGCUGGAACAGCGUGUUCUUGUGACUCCCUAUCUUCUGGGUAACUGCUGUAAAGAUCCUGUUUUCCCCAUAGACCACAGCACUUCCCAAGACUGGAUAUAAAUGAUCAGAGUAUUAUUAGCUGUUUCUUUAAAGAGCUCUUGCCCUUGAGGGAUGGCGGAGGCUGUGUUCCAUGCCCCAAAGAGGAAAAGAAGAGUGUAUGAGAGCUAUGAGUCUCCUCUGCCAAUCCCACUUGGUCAGGACCCAGGUCCUCAGAAGGAAUUCAGAGUAUUCCGUGCCGAGAUGAUCGACAACCACGUGCUCGUGCGGAGCCCUGCAGACAUGGAGCAGCUGUAUGGGAAAGGCUAUUUUGGAAAAGGCACCCUCUCAAGAAGCCGGCCCAGCUUCUCAGUGUCGGACCCCAAGCUGGCUGCUGAAUGGAAAGAUGUGAAGACAAACAUGCCCAUCAUCCCUUCAGAGAAGUACCAGCAUCGUCUGUCGUGGGCCGCAGAUCUCCUUCGCAGACAGGGCCAGGAUGAAAACACCGUGUGCCGAGUCCUUGAGGAGUACACAAGGCCACUUGAGCAUCUGGGUGGAGAGAGCAGUGCAGAGGGGCGACCUCAGGCUGGGCUCAUGGCAGAGACAGGGGGACUUCUGGGGAUAGAUGGAGCCUCUGGAACCAUGAAGGAGACAGGAAAGCCUGGCCUGGGCUCUGGACCUGGCCCACUGGCUGCAGCCAGCUUCGGGGAGUGCACAGGAGAGGACCCAGCACCUGCAUCCCGGGUCUCCAGCUGUGUACUGGAUGCGCUCAGCCCACAGUGUGGCCUUCUGCCUCUGGACAGCAGCCUCCAUGCCAGAGAGAGGGAGCCUGGCCCCGAGUUUGUGCUGGUGGAGGAGGGAGCGAGCGGCGGGAGCGAGAGGGAAGACACCCAGGCAGUGGAGGAGGUGAAGAGCAUAAAGUUGGUGCAAAGGAAGAGAUUAAUAUGCAGAAGAAACCCCUAUAGGAUCUUCGAGUAUCUGCAGCUCAGCCUGGAAGAGGCUUUCUUCCUGGUCUAUGCGCUGGGGUGUCUGAGUGUCUACUAUGAGAAGGAACCCCUGACAAUCGUGAAGCUCUGGCAGGCAUUCACGGCAAUUCAGCCCACAUUCAGGACGACCUACGGGGCCUACCACUACUUCCGGAGCAAGGGCUGGGUGCCCAAGACGGGGCUCAAGUAUGGGACAGAUCUGCUGCUAUAUCGGAAAGGCCCUCCCUUCUACCAUGCAAGCUAUUCUGUCAUCGUGGAGCUCGUGGAUGAGCGCUUCACGGGCCCCCUCCGCAGACCUUUCACUUGGAAGUCACUGGCCACCCUCAGCAGAGUUUCUGGCAAUGUCUCCAAGGAACUUAUGCUGUGCUACUUGAUUAAACCCUCCACCAUGACAGAUGAAGACAUGAAGUCCCCAGAAUGUCUGAGGAGAAUCAAGGUCCAGGAGGUGAUUCUCAGUCGGUGGGUGUCUUCCCGAGAGAGAAGUGACCAAGACGAGCUAUAGCGACCCAGCCUCGGCCCUCCCGUUCCACCAAGAGCCAGGUUCAGGGCGAGGUAGAAAGCCAUUCCACUGUGAUCACCCAUUCAUUGUUUGAAAGGGGACAGUGAUCUCAGCACCAGCAAACUGGUCAUAUUGUAAAAGAUAAAGUUACAGCAGUCAGAGGUGGAACUCAAGAAUGUGAACUUAGCUUGCACAAGGCCCUGGGCUCUGUCCCCAACACGGAAACAAUAAAAGAUGAGAUUACACAGAAGAGGAAAGAGAGGCCUGUGCUGGGACUACAGAUUCUAUCCUCGAGCCAGCCACAGACCUCCGACUGAGCCCGAGCUUUCUGCCCCUGUCCUCACCCAGGCAUCAGAGGUGACCACCUGACUGCACAGAGGACUCUCCUUCAAUGAAGGGGGUCUGCUCUCAAGUUUACCUGGAGAUGGGACAGCACUGUACCGUUUAUAAAACACCUUUGUACGUAGGUAUCUCUUGCUGCCCACAUCUAAUCUAUUCCAUAGAGGGCAUCAGAGGACAGAUUCAGGGACCACCAGACCCCGUGUUCCCAUUACUUCAAAUGGAAAAUACACCAGCAUGUCUCAGCUUUUUCAAGGACUUCAACCACUGAGGCAUACACAGAGUUAUAUUGUGUCAGAGGCAGCUUCAAUCUGUGACUGCUUUAUCGCGAGAGCAAAUAUCCUUGAUGUAUUAACAGUGAAUUUGAUGGGUGUGGACCCUAAAUUCAGGGUGCUGGAAUUCACAUCUCUGAUCUGCCAUGUACAGGUGUGGUCUGGGAAGUCUGCAGUACAGCUCGUCAUCUCAUCCGGAAACUGCAUGGUCACAUUUCUGGUGCUAGAGACAUCAUGUGAAAAAAAUGAUAAAUGGAUGCAAACUGAACAUGGAAGUGUCUUUGGGACAUAGUGUGUCUACAGAAAUGAUGGCUGUUAUUUUCAUUAUUUUGCAGUUCCUCAUGCAUGUGACUUGGGACACCUAAUGCAGUUCUCUUAAUAAUUUAUCAACUCUGUCCCUACCCAAGGAGAAAAGAUAUAAAAAUUACCAAAAUGUGGCAUAUAUUUGCGAUCUGUGUUGAAAGAACUCAUGGGAUGUUAGGUCUCUUCCUUAACAUGCCCAAGGCAGCGAUAUGCAUCACUGAGUCUUAGUUUAGUCACGUCAGGGUAACCAGCCUUUCUGAGCACAGUUCAUUAUCAAUUAGCAGAGACAUAGUGUUAAAAAUUGGUUUUUUUUUUUCCUUCAGGCUCUGAACUUCCUAUUUAUUUAUUUAGCAGCACUGGGGCUUGAACCCAGGGCCUUCCCACUGAGCUACGUCCGUAGCCCUUCUUUCUUGUUUUAAGACAAAGUCUCACCAGGUUGCCCAGACUGGGCUUAAAUUUGCAAUGCUCCUGCCUCAGCCACCGCACCUGAUGGUGUCUUCAUUUUAGAAUUUUGGAAGCUAAAGUGGGAAGAAGUUAACAACUUGGGAGUGGCAGAGACUGGGCAGGAAAGCAAACCAUCUCCCUCCACCACCCCGAUCUCAGGAAGUUGAGGGUGCUGUACAGAACCAUUGUUAAAAUAGAGUCAAGGUGAUUCCAUUUUAAGGCUUUUGUUUCAGGUUUUAUUUAAAGACCCCAACUUUCCAGCUUUCAUCUAUCUUCCAAUGAAGAAAUAUUUCUCUAGAUUUACAAGUUCUAAUCAUAAAAAUUGUACUACAAAUUUCCUGAUCUUUCUGUAUAAAAUGCACACAUUUUCAUUAAUUCCAGCCUUAUAAAUAUGAGGUACAUUGUAAAAUAUUUCUAGUCACUUUCAAAAAAUUACACAUAUGAAAAUUAAGGGUAAGGGGAUGAAUUUCUGCUUGACCCUUUAGACCAUGUAGGUCCCUAAUGUAAGCCAUGAAGGAAAGGCAGCAGCAUUAAAGACUCAGAUACAAGUGGCAACCAUUUAAAAAUUCAGCCGUGGUAGAUACUUGGUCAAAGUAUGAGAGAAUGCGGAUUACCUAAAUAGAAGAUUGUAUGGCACUAUCAGAAAUAAACCUUUUUGUAAAAUAAA